GGAUCUAUGAUCACAGGAAAUUUGGCUGAACUUAUAUGGGAAAGUGUCGAGCUUGCCCUUAAUGUUCUAUUGUACUCCAGAUUGAAAUUACCACACAAAGUCAUUACUCAAGGUGUAUUACGCAUGUCAUAUGUACGAGAAUGCAAUUACAACUUUGGAGUCGAUACCAAGGUACAUAAGGAUGCACAUAGGUUACUAGAUUGUUAGAUAUGUUGUUGCCUCACUACUUACUCCAAAUAUAGUUAGACACUUUCGUUAUUCAAUUGAUUCUUAUCACUUCAUAUAUGGCUGCUUCAUGUGCUUUGAUACUUUACUUGUAAUGGAUAUCUUACCAAUUACUGAUACAAUAUAUGCCAUAAUUAUCAUUUUACGUUUGUUCAAUCUAUUAUAAAUAAUACUAAAAAUUAGCAAAGCUGCCCUAUCAAUAAAGAUUCAUAAUAAAAAAGGUUCAAGAAUUUAAUAAAAUUCAAUAAAUCAGAUAAAUUCAAUGACCUAGUGUAAUACAACAAUAUAAAAUUAAAAAAAGCUUGAGGUGUCUCCUCCUAAUUCAAUUUAAACUACAAAUGCGAAUUCGUUAAUGGAAUUUGAGAGUUGCCACAAAUAAAAGAAAAGAGCUAUAUUUCCUAAUGUUUACUAAAUAAAAGUAUUGAUAUCGAAAGGAUCGAAAGUGAAUAUAAUAAUUGAUGAACCUGAGAAAUUUGAUAUACUAUUUGAUUAAUAAUUAAACUUAGAUAGAAGGAUGAAUCUUUAAAUAAAGUUGAAUUUAUGUGCUUAAGUUUAUUAGAAUUUGAAAAAACAUUAUCCGUGUGAAUGGCUUCUUAGAUAGAUUGCUUAAUAUCAAGCUGAGUUGUUACUUUUAGAUUAAUGAUUUUUUCUUUAACC